UUGUCAGAAAAGUUGUCCAAGCUAUUAGCCGUUGUGCCAUCAAAUUAGAGAGGGUUGAGGGGUCCUACUUGAAUUGAUUAAGAUAAAAGUAAAUUAUCUUACGUUCCCUGAACUAGGCAAAGAAUAUGAAUAUGCUUCUUUUAGGUGCUAAAUUGACUUGCCAAGUUCACGGGGGUAAACUUGAUCCUACUCUUCUGGACGAACUUUUUUCCAAUAUUGCCACUUUAUCCUUUGUCUAUAAUAAGCCUCCAAAAGAAUUUAUCACUCGUGUGAAAACUACUCAUAAAAUUGAGGAAGAAGAGUAUGUCGAUGCAGGUGAACAAGGUUAUCCUGAUUCUCCUGCUCCUAUAGCAGAAAAUGAUGUGUUAUCACCAGCUAGUACAGCUAAUGCUCGGCAUCCUGCAACAAGGCAACCAGCUACACCUGCAGCUCUUGCAUUUCCUGAUUUACUUAACCUUCGCUUGGAUAAUAGCAAUUGUGCUAUUGUGUCAACUGAUCAGCAUGCAACCCCUGCUGACCCUCCUUUACCCGCCGUAUUGCUAGCCUCUAGUGGGCAAGGUUUACAAAUUAGUGCCCAACUGGUGCAGAGAGACGGACAGGGAAUUGCUUUAUGAAGAGCAGCGUUAUGUCACAUAAAAUGCUUUCAGAAGAGGAAAUGAUGUCGCUGUUGCAUUUGCUGCCCAAGGUAAAGGUAUGAGUAGGGAUAUGAAUAGAACUCAAUGCUACAAUUGCAAGGAAUAUGGCCAUAUUACUAGAAAUUAUGGCAAGAAGUUCUGUAAUUAUUGUAAACAACAAGGACACAUUAUCAAAGAGUGUCCCACACGCCCUCAGAAUCAUAAGGUAAAUUAUUUUCAUGCAUCAAUAAAUGGUUCCACUCUUGAGAACUCAUCUUUAGGACCUUCAGGACAAGUUCUUACUCCUAAAAUGGUACAACAAAUGAUCGUAUAAGCCUUUUCAACAUUGGGAUUACAAGGUAUUGAUGUUAAAUCUAAUUUUUGGAUAGUUGAUUCUGGUGCUUCCAAUCAUAUGACCAACACAACAAGCAUGCUAAAAAAUGUGCUUAAGUAUCAAGGUUCAUCAUAAAUACAGGUUGCUAAUGGUAGUAAUUUACCCAUUACAAGGUUAGGGACAUUGCUCCAACUUUCAAGAAUGUUUAUAUUUCACCAAAACUCUCAACUAGUCUUAUUUCAGUUGGACAAUUGGUUGGUGACAAUUGUGAUGUAAAUUUUUCUAGUAAUGGUUGUCUUGUGCAGGAUCAGGUGUCGGGGACGAUAAUCGCGAAGGGGCCUAAAGUUGGAAGAUUGUUUCCUAUACAAUUUUCCGUUCCUCCUGUUAUAUCUUUUGUUUGUACUUCUACAGCUAAUAAGACUGAGUUUUGUCUUCAGCGUCUACGAUAUCCAAAUUCUAUUGUGUUGUCUCAUUUAUCAAAUUCUGGCUUAUUAGGAAGUAAAAAUCAAUUUUCCCCUGCUUCAUUUGAUUUUUCUACUUGUAAAUUAGGCAAAAGUAAAAUUCUUCCUUUUCCUAAUUUGGGUAGUCGUGCUACAAAGUGUUUUGAUGUUGUUCAUAGUGAUGUUUGGGGUAUUUCACCUAUUGUUUCUUAUGCUCAGUUCAAGUACUUUGUGACAUUCAUAGAUGAUUAUAGUUGAUUUACGUGGGUGUAUUUUCUUCGUACCAAAUCUGAAGUAUUUUCCA